ACGUCACCGCCGGGGCAGCCAGAGGAGAUUGUUGUUUGUUGUUUUGCUCGGAAGUGUUGAGAGCUGUGCUGUUCUCGUCUGUACGUUCAUUUUAAGAGUCACACGUUAGAGGACAACUUUAAACAAAGAUAUUUAGAAAUAUAUUAUAUCGUGUUUAUUAUAAUUUCCAGCUGCAUCGAGCAAAAAAGAGCCCGGAAACAUGAAAUGGAUGUUCAAAGAGGAUCACUCCUUGGAACAUCGAUGCAUAGAGUCAGCCAAAAUCCGCAACAAGUACCCUGAUAGGGUCCCGGUGAUUGUGGAGAAAGUGUCUGGAUCACAGAUAGUGGACAUCGACAAGAGGAAGUACCUGGUUCCCUCCGACAUCACAGUGGCUCAGUUCAUGUGGAUCAUCAGGAAACGCAUCCAGCUGCCCUCAGAGAAGGCCAUCUUCCUGUUUGUGGACAAGACGGUGCCGCAGUCCAGGUCAGGUCAAGCCCUAGUGAAGAUUAUUACGUCCGGCAAUUACAUCAUUGUCAAUUUAAAAUUUAGUCCGUAUUGCAAAAAGCAUCACGAUGGGGCAGCUGUACGAGAAAGAUAAGGACGAGGACGGCUUUUUAUACGUGGCUUACAGCGGUGAAAACACCUUUGGUUUUUAAAAACAAGAAGCCAUCAUCGUGACCGGCCUCACCUGCGCGACACCCACCCACGUCUAAUCACAGCCCUCACUCUGCCCCUGGAGAAACCACGGGGAAACCCCAGAGAGAUUCAGAGACAUGAACGUAACAGAAAGACGGACCGACUGCUUACCUGACUGGAUAAACAUAAACGAGUGCACCGGUGUGUUUGUUCUGGCCCAUGUUGCACCAGUUCUUUAAAGAUUCAUAGAUUCAGUUGUGUAUAGUGUGUUACAUUUUAAUUAUUAUUUGUUUGAUGUUGUUGUGAUUUGAGUGUUUGUAGGAGGAACUUUGAUUAUUAUUAUUGUUUUCACAUUUUAAAUGAUAUGCGUGAAUGAGUUUUGCUUUUAGUUAUGCUUUCCUCUUUGAAGACAAUAUUUAAAAAGAACUUUUAAUUUAAUUAUGUGAAAUUAAAUUAGGAUGACCUAACCAAUAAAAAGAUUCAAAUAAA